GUUGUGUUGUUUUUUUGUAACCUUCCAAACAGGCGGCGGCUUGCUGUGAUGCAUUUGUGAUUGCUCGGCUCCUCUUUUAUUGACACUUUCUGAUGGGACCCGUUGCCUUAAUUGCUCCACCAGCCGCAUACAUUUCGUUUUAAUUGUCAUCGGAUAACAACGAGACAGAGAGAGAGUGAAGAAGAGAGUCUGGCCGGGCCAAGAUGGUGGACCGCCUGGCCAACAGCGAGGCCAACUCCAAGCGGAUCUCGGUGGUGGAGGGCUGCUUCGGCGCGGCGGGCCAACCCCUGGCCAUCCCGGGCCGCGUGCUGAUCGGCGAGGGCGUACUCACCAAGCUGUGCCGCAAGAAACCCAAAGCGCGCCAGUUCUUCCUCUUCAACGACAUCCUGGUCUACGGCAACAUCGUGCUGCAGAAGAAGAAGUACAACAAGCAGCACAUCAUCCCGCUGGAGAGCAUCACCAUCGACACGGUGCCCGACGAGGGCGAGCUGCGCAACGGCUGGCUCAUCAAGACGCCCACCAAAUCCUUCGCCGUCUACGCCGCCACCGCCACCGAGAAAUCCGAGUGGAUGAAUCACAUCGGCAAGUGCGUCCAGGAGCUGCUCCAGAAGAGCGGCAAGGCGCCCGCCGGCGAGCACGCCGCCGUCUGGGUGCCCGACUCGGAGGCGGCCGUCUGCAUGCGCUGCCAGAAGGUCAAGUUCACGCCCGUCAGCCGCCGCCACCACUGCCGCAAGUGCGGCUUCGUGGUGUGCGGGCCGUGUUCCGAGAAGAAGUACCUGCUGCCCAGCCAGUCAUCCAAGCCCGUACGCGUCUGCCAAUUCUGCUACGGCCAGCUGGUGGCCGGCGGACGCUCCGACACAGUCUGCGGCCGCGCCGGGGAUUUCCGCGACGUCUCGGACGAGGACGACGACGAUGACGACAGCAGCGACUGAGGAUGGGGGGGGCGCCUCUCACCCCGCACUGACUCCGUUUUGAACUGAGACUCUUGCUUGCUCGCCAUGUGCGGUUACCCCCGUCACGCGAUGAGGAGGGUGAGGUCAAAGUCAUAUACUAUGAGAAUAAAGGAGAAAAAAGGAAUUUGUUCAAGUCAAAUGAUUAUUUUAUUGGGCGGGGGGGGGGGGGGGGGGGGGUCCUGCAUUUUGAGGAAAAAUAUAUUGAAUGUAAAUUUUCCCAGAAAAAAAAUUGCAUUUCUUUCACGAAAGUCAUUCUCGAGAGCAGCUAUUUUUUCCCCUGAGAACUAUUUUUUUUGGAGAAUAAUUAAGAAAAGAAUAAAGUGAAGUAUUUU